AUGAAGCCACGAGGACUGAGCGUCAUGCACGCCUUCUCCGCUCUUACUAUGCUCACUAUGGCUAAUGCUCAAACCACGUGCAACCAGGGUAUGGGCCGAGUCAUGUACGAAAGACUACCCAAUCAACAGCUGCAUGGCUUUGACGACGAUGUUAUUCGCGAAACAGCACCACCAUUUCGAGUACUGGAGAAAUGCCAGGAUCUAUGCCUUCGCGAUCGAUCUGGUAACGGCCUGGUCCGGACCUGCAACUCUAUAGAUUUUCAACCUGGUGCAAGGAUUGCUGCAUUCAGUCCUGAACCGGAGUACGAAGAGUCUACGUGCUAUCUUACAAGAGAGCAAGCUGCCCCAGAAGGAAUUGGAACGCUUAUGAUUGUCCCUAAUAGUGUGCAUUUUAACGAGAUCUGCUUAUCGUCUAAUCGUCCUGAGCGGGAAUGUCCAUCACGCCGCUACGUUUUCGAGCGCCACGCUCGUAAACGCCUGAAACUACCUUCGUCCGAUUUAAAAGAUAUCAUGGUCGCGAACCGAACAGAAUGCGAGGAUAAGUGCCUGGGUGAAUUCAGCUUCGUAUGCCGUUCUGCAACGUAUGAUUCAGCGCUGAGAACGUGUUCCCUGAGUAGGUUCACGAGAAGGACCCAUCCGGAGUUAUUGGAAGAUGAUCACAACGCUGAUUAUUUGGAAAACACCUGCUUGAAUGCUGAAAGGCGGUGUGAUGGUUUGGCAGUGUUCAUCAAGGAAGAAAACAAACGUCUCGGAGGUCCAUUUGAGGCUGAUGUGUUUUCCAACAUGACCCUCGACGAGUGCCAAUCAAUGUGUGUCCGAGCGGAAAAAUAUUUCUGCCGUUCCAUCGAGCAUGACGAGGCAACAAGACAAUGCGUUCUUUCAGAAGAGGACUCUGUAUCACAGAAAGAUGACGUCACCAUAAGUGCAUCACCAACACAUCAUUUUUAUGACCUUGUCUGUCUUGAUAAUCUCUCUCACCGGGUGACAGCUCGCGGGACCGAGUACCCGGACAACAGUGCCACGUCCCACCUCUUCGCCCCGGGCCGUCGACCCGACACAGCUUUCCAGCGUUACCGGAACAGCCGAAUCACCGGGGAGUUCCACUCGGAGAUCACGAGCCGUUCCCUUAGCGAGUGUUUGGACGAGUGCUUGCGGCAGUCCAGCUUUCAAUGCAGGUCAGCGGUGUACAGUGACCGCGCAAGGACCUGCCGCCUCAGUAGAUACAAUCAGAAAGAUGGCAUGCGUCUUCUCUACGAUCCGGACUUCGACUUCUACGAGAAUUUGAUGCGUGGUAGUAACAGCGAUAGAGACAGGGAUCGAGAUAAAUAUCCCCCGGGUGUAGAUCGUUACCCUGAUGAUGACAGAUACGAUGAUGAUCGAUACUACAGCCGUCCGGAUCGUUACCCACCUGAUGAUCGGUACCCCGGUCCCGAGUAUCCGGAGAGAUAUCCAGAAGACAGAUAUCCGGAUGACAGAUACCCACCCGGUGUCGGACCUGAUAGAUAUCCGCCACCUGUAGAUAGAUACCCACCACCUUCUGAUAGAUAUCCUGUUGGUGAUAGGUACCCAGUGGAUAGAUAUCCAUCAUCCGAUCGCUAUCCAAUUGCACCUGUACCUGACCGUUUCCCUACAUCAGACAGAUAUCCACCACCAUCCGAUCGAUAUCCUCCAGGUGUUGACCGGUAUCCCAAUAGAAUCCCUGUAGAUAGAUAUCCUGGUGGUAGAUACCCAAUUGAUGGUGAACGGUACCCAAUCGAUAACGAAAUAGGGAGAUACCCAGUUGAUCGAUAUCCAAUCAACCGGUACCCAGUCGAUGAGUACCCCGAUCGGUAUCCACAAGACAGAUACCCGAUACGAGGACCUGGUAGAUAUCGACCAGGCUAUCCUAGAUAUCCUGACAGAUACGACCAGGACCGCUACCCCGGUAACGAUUACCGCUAUCCGUAUAGCAGAUACCCGGUUGGUGUGAAUCGGGAUCCGUUACCUUUAGGUGGUGAUAGAUACCCGGAUAUGUACGACAAAUAUCCACCGAACGGAUCGUCAUAUCCUGGAUAUGGACGUGGUGGUUAUUAUGGUGGUGACCGAUUUCCAACUUCCGAUCGCUAUCCUACAUCUGAUCGGUACCCACCACCUGAAAGGUAUCCAACUGCUGAUAGAUAUCCAGACACAGCUAUAAGGCCGGCGCCAGAUCGCAUUCCCGUUGAACCGAGACCUACGUUUGGAUUACGACGGCCUAUUGAGAGACCUGGGGGCUACAGAGGAAAUUAUGCUCCGCCGUUAGAGAGACCUAUAGGUGGUGGUGGCUAUGGAGGCUACGAACCAGAUGGUCCCAUACCACCAGCAGGAGCACCUUUACCAAUUGGUCCCAUCGGUCACGCACCAAUCGGUGGGCCGGUGGGAGGUCCUGUUCGUCCACCAACUGGACAAAGACCCUGGCAAGGAUCUCGCUGCGAGGACGACAGUUUUCGACAAGUCGGUAGACAGCGGAUGCAAAGGAGAUUCGUGAGGCGUUUUACAACUGCGCAAUCUUUGGCACACUGCCAGCGAGAGUGUAUCGAGGCGAGGGACUUUGUGUGCCGGUCGUUCAACUAUCGGGAAGUAGGCUUCGGUUUGGAACCGCGAGACAACUGCGAGCUAAGUGACAGGGACACUCGCGAGCUGGACGCAGCUAACCCAGCACACUUCGACAACACAGCUAACGAGUAUGACUUCUACGAGCGUGCCCUGGGACGCAUCGCAGAUGACUGUUUGGAUGUUUCACAAGUCUGCAAUGAAGAUGGCAUGGAGUUCACAUUGCGUUUGCCCGAGGGUUUCUAUGGGCGGAUGUAUACAUACGGUUUCUACGACCGCUGCUUCUUCAGGGGAAACGGCGGCGUUCAAAAUGUACUGCGCAUUUCCGGCGCGCACGGAUAUCCCGAGUGCGGCACGCAACGGUAUGGCGAUACAAUGACAAACAUCGUAGUGGUUCAGUUCAGCGAUAAUGUGCAAACAUCCCGGGAUAAACGGUUCAACCUUACCUGUCUCUUCCGUGGUCCAGCUGAAGCAGUUGUUACGUCCAACUAUAUUGGAGCAGGGUCGGGCAGUCCAAUACCCAUAGAAUAUCUACCAGAGGAGAGUUCACUGAACUCGAAGGUUCGGCUCCUGAUACUGUACCAAGGGAGACCAACUACGACGAUCGCUGUGGGUGAUCCUCUCACGUUCCGGUUGGAAGCCCAGGACGGAUACAACUACGCAACGGAUAUCUUCGCUACCAAUGUUAUCGCUAGAGAUCCUUAUUCGGGACGGUCUGUGCAACUUAUCGAUCGUGUUGGAUGUCCAGUAGAUCCAGAUGUCUUCCCUGAAUUGGAUAAAGGAAGAAAUGGUGAUUCUUUAGAAGCGAGAUUUAACGCGUUCAAGAUUCCUGAAUCUAACUUUUUGGUGUUUGAAGCAACCGUUCGGACCUGUCGCGAUGGCUGUCAACCGGCCUAUUGCCCUGGCCAAACUGGCCGCUCAGAACCGUCAUUUGGCCGGCGCCGACGAGAUGUGAACUCCACGAUAACAGCUGAGACGAACAACACCGAAAGUAAACCAGAAGAAUCAUCGUCGAAUAAGACUGAAGAUGCUGUAUACAAGAUAUCGUUUGAGGAGGCGACAGUCGAUAAGUAUCUAAAGGAUGAAGUAGAAACACCAAGCCACGUGAGAAAAAUGAUCGAGGUCUUCGACAACCGGAACGACCUGAUAGAGGAGAAUCGUUCAGCGGGUUCCUCACCAGUCGUAGCAGCGGUCGGCGUCUGCGUCUCAACGCAGCAUUACCGAGCCCUUCUUCUGGCACUUUGCUCGCUACUUGCUCUACUAUUGGCUAUGUUGAUUGUUGCUCUCUAUAUUUACAAACGUUACUGGCGUGUGCUACGUAAAAAUAUCGCGGCUUCUGCUCCCCCGGUGAGUCGGCCAGCUGCUCCAGGACCGAGACCCACUCGACCGUCUCUCUUCUCAGCAUCACAUCUGCAUAAACCAUUUUCUUUGAGUGGUCUAGGCAGAAACUUCACAGAUAUAGGUGAAGAGGCCGGUUCUUCUGGGCGAUUAGCAAGUGCAUUCGACGACGGCAGCGAACCAAUUUACACUGACCCCUCGCUCUUUGAAAGAUCCAGGUCUCUCAGGUCCUUGCACUCAUUGGAUCUGAAGCCGGAACGACGGGAGCAUCACGCAUAA